UGGGCGUGGCCGCGGUAGGCUGCGAGCCAGGCUGGGAAAGCGGUGGUCGCUGAUUGGGUUGCUGGCGUUCGGUUGUUGCAGUCGCGAUGUUCUUCUCCGAGGCCAGAGCCAGGUCGCGGACGUGGGAAGCCAGUCCCUCGGAACACAGGAAGUGGGUGGAAGUAUUUAAAGCAUGUGAUGAAGAUCACAAAGGAUAUCUCAGCAGAGAGGACUUUAAAACUGCUGUUGUAAUGCUGUUCGGGUACAAGCCCUCCAAGAUAGAAGUGGAUUCUGUGAUGUCUUCAAUAAAUCCAAAUACUUCUGGUAUAUUACUCGAGGGGUUUUUAAAUACUGUCAGGAAAAAGAAGGAAGCUCAGCGAUAUCAGAAUGAAGUAAGACACAUCUUCACAGCCUUUGACACGUACUAUCGUGGAUUUUUAACUUUGGAAGAUUUCAAAAAAGCAUUUAGGCAGGUGGCUCCCAAAUUACCGGAAAGGACUGUUCUUGAAGUAUUCAGUCAUAGCUCUACAGUUGAAUGAAUUCAAAGCUCACCUCCAGGCCUUUUGCUAUGGUUUCUGCUUAGCUGAAGUUUAUCCUCAAGUAGGGGUCAUAAGAAUUAUAUUCCCCACUGUCUUUCAUGUUCAAAAAUGCUUAUCUGGGUCAUUGUAUUUGAAUAAAAAUAUGUAAUGGAUUGAAUGCUAACAUUUUUGAGUCACAUUCUUGCCUAUUUUGGAAGUCCUUUUAAGUUUUUUGCUAAUUUUUAUUUUAAUUGCUUGCUUUGCUCUUAGUAUAUUACCAUGUCUCUUAGUGUAUUUUCAACAAUAUCUAUUCUCCUUUGUGCUGCAUCCAAUUUGGCAUUUUUCUUUUUCUGUUUUGGUUUUACUUUUCUCUUACAUUUCUUUCUUGAGCUCUAUCUGCUGAUGUCUCGUAUCUUUUUUAUUUUGCUGUAUCUUGUUAUUUUGUAGUAGCUCCCCUGUCUACUUUCAGCUCUUGUUUUAUAGAGGUGUUUGUUUUAUAAGGGGAAACAGUGAUUUUUCAGAUUUUAUUUUUAAAUGAGUGAUUGCUUGGGGGAAGCUAAUUAUAACUUUUUCCACAUAAAUUAAUGAAAGCAAGUUUUCUACCAAGAGAAAAGUUGUGAGGAACAAAUUACUUUCAUAAACCAAGGGAUAUCUCAUAUACAAAAUUCAAAAUUGCUACUCAUUUGUUAUGUCUAAAGAUAUUAUAAAAUCUUUAAUACUUGGAUUUCAAAAUUUGAGACGUUUUUCAGUGUUUGAAACUUAAAACUUUUGGGGGGGUGCGGUGGCUCAUGCCUGUAAUCCAACACUUUGGGAGGCCGAGACGGGUGGAUCACUUGAGACCAGCCUGGCCAACAUGGUGAAACCCCGUCUCUACUAAAAAUAAAAAAAAUUAGCCCAGCAUGGUGGUGCACACCUGUAAUCCCAGCUACUCGGGAGGCUGAGGCACAAGAAUUGCUUGAACUUUGGAGGCGGAGGUUGCAGUGAGCCGAGAUCACGCCACUGCACUGCACUCCAACCUGGGCGACGGAGCAAGACUCUGUCUCAAAAAAAGAACUUGUCUCUACUGAAAAUACAAAAAUUAGCUGGGUGUGGUGGCACGUGCCUGUAGACCCAGCUACCCGAGAGGCUGAGGCAGGAGAAUUGCUUGAACCCAGGAGGCAGAGGUUGCAGUGAGCCCAGACUGCGCCAUUGCACUCCAGCCUGGGUGACAGAGCAAGACUCUGUCUCCAAAAAAAAAAAAAAAAAGAAACAUAACUUUGUAUUCCUCUUAGAGCUGGUAGUCACAAUUUGUGUAUUUGUGUACUAUAUCAAAGAUGAUGUUUCAUUAUUAGUCAGAAUUUCUACCCACUAAAAAUGGCAGUUCAAGAGACAUAAGAGCUGUUUGUACUAUAGUACUGUUUGUACUGUAGAAUUAAUGUUAGAUAAUAAGCUGUUUUGAGCAAUUAAAAGUUAAGUAAAAAACAUCUUUCUUCUUUAACACUAAUAAAACUUACUGAAAUUUUUGUAGCGCUUUCUUUUGUUUUUAAUGUUCAGAAAUCUUCAGUGACUCUAAGGGGUAAAAUUAAAACUCUUUAACCUGGCUUUCCAACAUCUGGUCUCUUUUCCAACAUCUGGUCCCCUUUUCAAACUCAUCUUUCAUCAGUCCCAAAUUCCUCUGUUCCCUUUGGCAUGAUACUUGUUCCUUUGAUUAUGUGAUGUGCAUUUAUACUUCAUUCUGUUUGCAGUGCCUUUCCCUACUCUUACCUGUCCAGAUUUAAACCAUCUUUAAAGGUGCUCCUCAAUAAAGCCUUUCUUUCUCUACAUUGUACAGUCUUCUUUCCUUAAAUGUUGAUAGUAUUUAUUGUUAUGUAUUUUUUCAUUCACUUACUUGAUAAAUGAAAACACAGUGUUUAUGAUUAUCCCCAUAAAUUAGUACAAGUUCUUUGAGUUUAUGUACUUAUAUCUGUAAUCACCACUGUCCUUGGCAUGUUGCCUUUUGCACUGCAGUUAAUAAAUAAUUGUUGAUCCAUUGCCACUUAUUCCAAAUACCCUGUGACAGUAAAAUUCUGUUUUCUUCAUGGUUUAAUUUAUUUCUCAUAAACUAGGAAAGAGUCCUUUAAAAUGCAGUCAGGAGCUUCAUAGCCACAUGUGGCUUUGCUUUCCAUUUUCCUCUGUCUACAUGUGAUUUUCAUGAAUUAAUCUCUGGUGGUCUCUUUUUGCUUUAUUUUGGAGGCGUUUUCGGUGCAUGAUUUAGCCUCGGCUGUCAUCAGGAAGCUGACUUAAUGUUCUUUCUUGACUUUGCCUGCCAUCAACACCCUGUGGUAUUUCUGGCUGGCAUUUUUCUCUGCAUGGAUAUGUUUACUUCUCCAUGCCUAGGAGCCUUCUCCAUCUCAUUGUAAGCACUGCUAUUUGUACAUUCCCACCACCUGUCAGUUGGCAAAAAGCUCUGGGAAGCUGCUUUUGCUUCCCAGUCAUGAGAUGAAAUGUGAAUGUGCAUAAGGUCCAUGACCUGACCCAGCGUCCAAGACCCUGAGUGCACAGGCAGAUUGCCACAUGCUGAUGUAAAGUGGCAAUAUUGAGGCACCAAAUGCUCCUGUCAUGACCGCAGACAUUUACAGUUAUAUCCUGAUAUUUUUGGUGUAAGAAUCCCUUUCUUCAUAUUACACAAGAGAAGGUCAAAGGACAUAGGACAUCUAACUCUCCUUUUUUGAAUAUUAGAAAUUGGGUGAAAAUGAGAAUGUCAUUGCUUGUUGAAUAAGAUAUUUUCAAAAUCAGAGUAUUAGUGGGGGCUGGGGCUUAGGAAUGCAGUUGUAAAAGGGAGUGAUGGAUAUUCUCUUGGCAGAAAAAUUAUAUAGAUGUUAUAUCACAGCUGUUAUAGAGGUAAGGACUGUCACCAGCUUGGGUAAAACAAACUAAUAGGCGCUUCUGUUAUGCUGAUUUGAAGAGUCUUGCAGAGCUGAGGGCCUAAAGGAAAGUGAUUUCAGAGAGCAUUUACUUUUUUUUCUUUUUUUUUUUUUUAUGUUUUUACUGUAUUUUUAUUUUUUAUUAUUAUUAUACUUUAAGUUUUAGGGUACAUGUGCACAAUGUGCAGGUUAGUCAUUUGCCUCUCUUUUGAAAUGUUAUCGCUCAUUAUAGUUUUUAGCUUCCCAUAAUUCCUUUCUGCCAGCAGCCAACUUGUUGAGUAUCAUUUUCCUGGUCCAUCUCUAACAAGAGAAAAUUUCCAGUCAUUAUUUUGUGCUUCAGAAUGAUUCUGUGUAUAAUCAUGCAACUUCAGUAAGAUCACAGUUAUUAAAAUGAGUACCUAAUUUAGUGACUAUGACUAUUGGUCUUUGAGUAUCUGCCUGCUUCCGGGUAUAGAAACAUCCAUAAAAACACCUAGAAAUCAUAUUUCAUUCUUUGUAGCCAUACAUAGAUAACAGUCAUCAGCUAUACCUUCUGUGUGAAUGGCAUGACCGAAGAAGUAGACUUCUUGAGGUCCCAAUUUUUAUUUCAUGAAAUUUUGUGUCUUCUCUGCAAUGGAAAUGCUUUAGUUUUUAUUUCAAUGGUUUUGUUUCAAAAUUAUCAGAGAUUCCCAUUUCUGAUUGUCCUGUUGCACAUGCUUACAAGAUGGGGAGUAUGAAUGUGUGUAAGCUUUUCAAGCUGACCUCAGAAUUUCCUCUCUGAGGGACUUCUAGGGACUUUCACAUGUGAUAUAUUGAAGAAAACUGUACUUUAAAAAUUCAGCUAUAGAAAUAAUUAUAUUCUAGUCAUUUUAAGAAAAUACCGAUUUUUCAGAGGGUUCUUAAUUGAUUUUGAUUGUCUUUUUUACCAGUAUGAACUUUAGAAACAGAGGAAUUGAAACUCAGAAACUGGACCAGGAAGCAAGUAGAGAAGAUGACUUUGUUACAUAGAUUUUCAAAUAGAUUAUGUUAUUUUGGUUUCUUAAUUUAAGCUAACUUAUGAAGGAUAUAUUAUUAGCUUGGAAGGAAUAUUUAGUCUCUUCACAUUUAGGAAGCUCAGAUUUUGAAGUCCUCUCUUGUGUUAAACCCAUCCGGAUACAAACUCUAUUCAUCCUUCAAGGCCCAGCUGUUAAGAUAGUUCUUAUCUUGAAAGCCGGCCCUACCCUGCCACCUUGCAACCCCCAAAAAGGAAAUUGUCUUCACCUUCUGCUUUAAACUCCUAACCUUUCAUAAAUAUCUUUCUUCUUCGUGCUUUUUCAUAGUUAUUUGUACCCAUGUGUUAUUUCCAGUGUCAGAAUGGAAGCUAAACGUGAGAAGGCAUAGUAGGGUAUUCAUCAUCACACUCCCAACACUCCUAGCACAGUUUUGUAGGUCUUGAAUAGUUGACUUCAUCUUAUAUAAAUGAAUGGCUUAUUUCAUUGGGAAAAAACCAGGCUUUUUAUUACCAUUAUUUGUUUUACUCUUUAAAUACCACACUGGCACCAUGUUAAGGUCAGGAGUCCAGUCAAGCCCCAGGAUGAGUUCUAGGCCCAGCUCUGCCUCUGACCCAUUUUUCCACAAAUCAGUGAACCUCUCUGGACUGCGCUGUCAUCUGAGGAAAAAGGGUGCUGUGUUAUACGAUCUGGCAGGCUUCUCCAGCUCUGAAAUUCACUGGUGGCGUCAUCUAUCAUGGAGAAUGGCAUGGCCGUCUCCUUUAUUUUCUCUGCGUACCACAGAUAUUAUUCAGAAUCCACCACAGCAUGAAUAUAGAUGUGGUCUGUCAGUGUGACAAAGACUGUUCUCAAGAGGAAAUUACUGGGUUUGACAGCUACCCAACCCUGGGUUUAGUUUUUGGGAUGUCACUAUAGCAAGUGUUGUGGCCGAUGUAUCCAAUUCCUCAUCUACAUAUAUGGCUGAAUAUGCUGUUCUUGCUGUAAUAGCAUGAGGGCUAUUUUUCUUUUAAUUCAGCUGUCACAUAGGAAACUGCUGCCAUGGUUUCUUUCUAUGACCAAAUGUUGCUAACCCUUUCAGUCAUCCUUGAAGUUAUUAAUAGCCACACAUCAUGAAUGUAUUCAUGCCAUUUCCUUUAUAGAAAAAGGAAUCAAUUUCUCAUGUUUUUCUUUUGUAGUAGAUAGCUAACUUCUAGGUGGAAUUUUGGUAAUAUUGAAUGUCAUAUUUAUAAAAUAAGAGAAAUCUGUAUUUAAUAAAAUACAUAUUUUAUGAGAUACUUAACACUGUUUUAAAAUACCAUGACAAAGUAGGCCAGGAAUUAAGAAUUACAUCAAAGUUUUGAUUAUCCACCUUAUAUAUAGACUAAAAUCAAGACCAAAGAUUUCCAGUACUACAUUUUUAUUGAUGACAGCAACCUAUGAGUUUGCUGCCUUAUGUCUGGCCAUCUUGUCUGCCUACCUCCUACCCCAUCAUUCUCCUCCAUCAGGCUACCUCGAAUAGAUGCAUCCUUGACAUUCAAAGAGUUCUCCAAAGACCAGUGGCAUCAGCAUCAGGGAGCUUAUUAGCAAUGCCUAAUCUCAGGCCCCACUCCAAAGGUACUGAGUCAGACAUGUUUAAUAUUCCUAGGUGAUUCAUAUGCACCUUAAAGUUUGAAAAUCACUGGCCUACCCUAGUUAAAUUUUGGAUAAUUCAAGUAAAUUAUCAUUUCUAUUUAUGUUACUUCCUAAUUUCAAUAGCUUUUUAUUCCCUACCAAAUAAUGUCUAGAUUCCUUAGCCUGACAUACAAGGUCCCUACAGACAGAAACAUACAAGGCCGUAUAGACAGAAACGGCUGUGCCUUUUUUGCAUGUCCCCCAGUAUUUCAUCCUACUCUGCCUUUCUGGUCUUCUUGCCAUAUACUGUCUCAUUUCUCUCCUACCAUUUUUGUUCAUGGCAGGUUCACUGCUCUCUUUCCUCUUCCUCCCACUUCCCCAUCCACAUAUCUGAAUGGUAUCCAUUCCUUAUCUGAACAUUCUUCUAUGUAGCCUUUCUUUUCUUUCUUUCUUUUUUCUUUUUUUUUUUUUUUUUAAGACAGAGUUUCACUUUGUCUCCUAGACUGGAGUUCAGUGGCACGAUCUCGGCUCACUGCAACCUCUGCCUCCCAGGUUCACGUGAUUCUCCUGCCUCAGCCUCCCAAGUAGCUGGGAUUACAGGCGCCCGCCACUAUGGCCAGCUAAUUUUUGUAUUUAUAGUAGAGAUGGGGUUUCACCAUGUUGGCCAGGCCAGUCUCAAACCCCUGACCUCAAGUGAUCUGCCCUCCUCGGACUCCCAGAGUGCUGGGAUCACAGGUGCGAGCCACCACGCCCGGCCAUAUGUAGCCUUUAUCACUCCAGCCCACAAAAUAUCUUUCCUCUUCUGUAGAACUCCUAUAACACUUGCCAUAUUGACAUAUUUAAUGGUAGCAACCGCAAUGCCACUGGCAACUAAUAUUUACUGAGUGUUUUCCAUGUGCCAGGCACUGUGCUGAACGAAUCCUCACAGGAACCUGUCGGGUUGGGUUCUGUAUGCCCCCCCUUUACAGAUGAGGAAAAAGCUCAGAGAGGUCUAAGGACUCGCUCAAGGCCACCAGCUGGUGACUGAUGGAACCAAGAUUCAAACCCAAGGCGGCUGCCUUUCCAGCUUAUGCUCUUAAUCACUGUCAUAUUCCUUUCUCACUUCUUUUAACAGCGUUAGAGACCCUGAAGGUAGGAAGCAUGCUUUUGUGUCCCUCCAUUGCCUAGCAUAAACACUAGGAAGCAAGGCCUAUUCACUCUGCCCUAAGAGCAUCCUUGAUGCACUGGUUGCAUGAUUAUAUGGCUUUUCCCUGUUCCUAUGAAAUGGUUUGGUUUGGAUUGUUAUACUUGAGAUUUCAUUUGAAAAAAUAUACAAAAGGAAGCUGAUGCAACAUUUCAUCCAUCAAACUGUAGAAGGCAUUCCAGUUCAGAUUGCUCUGAUAGGAACCCAUGUGUUACGCAUCUUGCCUAUGGAAUUAUAUCACAAGACCAAAGUAUUUGCCAAAUAAAUUAUAAAAGCCAAAUAUAUUGAAAAUUGCUGAAUGGAGUUUUAUCAUAAUUUUAACUGGAGUGGGAGUGCUAAACGAAAUUCAUGACUUUCUCUUCAUAAGGGAGGAUUAUACUUUGAUUCACUUGGAAGAGUCUUUAAUCAGUUACUGUGAGUUUAGCAUUGUGUUUUAUAAAUUCCAGCUGGGCCACAUAAUCUGCUCUUCUUCUCUCCUUGGUUGCAACCUGCUGCUGGAGAAAAUCAGGGCAAAGCAGUGAUUAAAUCCACUACAGACUUACUGUGAAGUCUCGUAGUUCCUGCACUCGCUCUUGCCUCUGCCUACCCCAGCCCUUGAAGCUACUGAUGAUGGCUCCUUUGGUAGACUCUGGCUCACCCAUUUCCUAAGCCAGCCCCAGGAAAGGCAGAACAAGUACUAAUACUAAUACCCUUUACUUUCCCCCCUACUCUGCGUGUUUAUCACUCAUUUCUACCUG